AAAAAACAGGUAGAACCCUCGAAAUUUCUCUUUUAAACCCCAUGGUAAAUGGAAAUCCCCUCUGAGCCCUGUAAAAUCCCCUGAAACCCCGAAAAAUUGUGCUCCAGUGAAGGAAACGAAGAAAACCCCCCAGUGAAAAAAAAAUGAAUUAAGAAAAUUCUGAUGUGGUCUUCGCUAUCCCAGACGUCAACAGACGGACCCAAACAUCUCCCUGAACCUCCGAAAACCCCACAAUCCCCCCAAAAUGAUGAAAAUAUCAGCGCUGAACGAGGAGUCGAGUGAGGAGAGCGAUGAGGAGAACAAUCUCCCCAAGAUUACGAAGGAAGCUCAGGAGCAAAUAGCCCUGACGGAGUACAACAAAGCGCUGGAGCUGCUGAAGGAAUCAAAAAUAGAGGAGGCCCUGCACAUCCUGAAGGACCUCCUGGAGACGGAGCUCCUGGACCAGGUGGAGAAGCCAGAGGUCCCCGACGGGAGGACUCGCCCCAUGCUCUCCCUGAAGUACUGCUGCUACAAGAACAUCGGUGGAAUCUACGCCCAGCUCAAGAGCUACGACGAGGCGAUCGACUCCUACUGGGCAGCAGCCAACCUCGACGACACAGACGUCAUGCUCUGGUGCAGGAUGGGAACGCUCGCCCUGGAGACGGCGAACCUGGAGUUCGCCUGUUCCUCCUUCAAGCAGGGCCUCAAGUGCAACCCCAACCACUGGCCCUGCCUUGACAGCAUCAUCACAGCCAUGUUUGCAGUCCCCGACUACAUGAACUGCCUGUUGUACAUCUCGAUGGCCCUGGAACGUGACCCGAGCUACGUCAAGGGCCUCGCCUUCAGGGAGAAGAUCUUCAAGGACAUUCCCUUCUUCCAGGAGAGCUACAAGCUCUUCAACCCCGAUUGGGCCCUGGACCCACCCCUGGACACAGACUACGACCGAUGCCUGGGGGACAAGCUCCUCGAGGAAGCCAAGGACGUCGCUGAGAGGUGGAUCGAGGCCUGCAGACCAGACUUCGAGUUCAAGCCCAUCCCCGAUGUUUCCCUGAAGAAGCCCCUGGAGAAGCACACGUGGGUGGAGCUCGGGGAGUCCCUGAUAGAGAUUCACAAUUACAUCACUGAUAACAACCUCAACUUCAUCAGUAAACUGAACCUCAAUGUGGAGAGGCCACGAGAGCCCGAGGAGUCAGGAGCACCUGAAGAAGACGACAAGAUGGAGGAGACAGAGAUUUCCCUGGAGAAGGAGGAAAUCCCCGAGAAUAUAUCGGAGCCCAGCUUCGAGAUAGACCUGGAGAUCUCGCCAAAGGGGGAAAAAACCCCUGAGAAAUUGGAGGACCAGCAGGUGCCUGAGGUGACCCUCGAGAUGGAGGUGGACCUGGAGGAGGAGGCGAAGUCCGACCCCUCGAGUGACAUCCAGAUAAUCGAGGAGGACCCAUUGAGGCUGGACCCCCAGGACAUAAAAAUCGAGGACGAGGAGAAGCUGGAGGACCCAGUGGACUUCCCGGAGACCAUAAACAUCUCCGACGACACAGAUACGACCCUGAAGCCCGAGAACUCCCUGGAGAACAUGCCAGGCUCCACCGAGGACCCGAAGCCCUCCCCUGACAAGCCCGAAUACAAAGCCCUGAGGAACGACAAGUCGAACGAGCACUCCGAGACCAAGGAGGAGCAGCAGAAGGUGAAGAAACGGCGCAGGAGUUCCCUGUGUUUUCUGCAGGAGUGGGCGUGGAGCAGCAGCAGCAUGAGGAGGUCCCCCAGGGUGAGAGGGUCCCACCGAAGGGAACCCGAGAGGGACGACGUCGAGCUGGAAGAGACGAUGAGAAGAAUAUUCUCCAGCAAUUUGCUCCCUGACACAGCCAAGAUCAUCAGGGACGACCCCCUGAAGUCGAUGGACGACUCCAUGGACACGAUGGACCUGUACCAGCUGUUCACCUCUCAAGAGACGACCAACACUGACGGCAUCAAGAGCUCGGAGAGCUCCAAGUCCCCGAGUCCCCUGAACCCCGAGGAGGACGUAAAAUACUUUGGCUCAGACCUGGAGACGAGUGACGUACAGGACUUCAUCAGUCAGCACUCGGGGAAGAGCAACCUCAUGGUGAUAAUAGCAAAGUUCACGGAGUUCCUGUCCACCAAGUGGAACCUGGAGUGGCCUGAGGAGCUCACUGACGUGUACCUCCAGUCGUACCUCUUCACCAGGGAGCACAUCCCCCACUCGUCGCCGUUCGGCGACCCUGAGGAGGACGAAUCGCUCCUGAAGCACGAGGGAGAGAUGACUCUUCUCUUCUGCGAACUCCACACCGAUAAGUGGCUGAACAAUAGACCCGAGACGGUGCCAUCGUCUUCAGUGGAUCGGUUUGGCACUGGGAUACCCUCUGAGGAGCUCGGCUACAUCAUCUUCGCGAGUGUUCGGGAGGAUUUAAACGAGGAUCUGGUGUUUCUCCUGAGAGUCCUCUGGGUGAAGGCCAAUCUCUUCAUGUGCCAAGGGGACACUGAUGUUGCGAUGAAGACUCUGGGGCUUCUGAUCCACGACCUGCAGCAGUCGGACUCACAGAUUGCCUCAGUGAAGCUACCGAACUGCAAAUAUUACUCUAGGAUAGCCCUUCCAAUCGUCCAAAAACGACUGACGUCGAUCGAAAGAGGGAAGAAGCUGGGGGAGGUCCAGAGGCUCUACGACGAGAAAAAGUACUCUGAGCUCGCCCUCAUCCUCCAGGAGACGUUCAAGUACGCGAAGCAGAGGAACGAGGUGAUGACAGUGCUAAAGCUCAAUGUCGAUAGGGUCAAGCAGUUGUCGAUGCUGCUGGAUUGCCUCUGGCAGUUGGAGCAGUACGAGGACUGCUUCAUCUGGGCUGAAGCCUGCCUCAACGAGGCAUGGCAGGUUUACAUCAACUCUGUAGACGAGUCUGAGCGCAAGAAGUGGGGUCAGAGUGUUCUGAACUGUCUGGAGAAGCUCGAGACGUGCGUCGACAGUGCUAGCACUACAGUCAUCAGGUACCUGGACGGAAAAACAACGAGACUAGUUCAGAAUCUUAUUCAGAUAACUUGUCACCAGUUGGACGUGCCAGAGAGCUCCAUGGAGAUGCCCCUGGAGACAGUCACCCCCUGGAUCCUCCUCCACCACGUUCUCCAGUACGAAGAGGACAAGGAUCGAGCUAAAUCCAGGCAGUCGCAGAAGUCAAAGCCCACGGACUCCCACGACUCAGACACCGAAGACGAGGGCAAGGACAUACCACCCCCCCUGAUGAUCCUCUUCACUGGUCACGAGUUCCUGGGCAGGCACGCCUGGUGCUGCAUGAACGAGGCCAAACUCCUGCUCUUCACCCUGAAGACAGUCAUCCCGAGGAUGUGCGGAGCCAGGCUGGCAGUCCUUCGUGAGAAAAUCGAUAAACACUUGGAGCAGAUAUUCUGGUGUUUGUACGGCCACCCCAGCAGAACCAAUAAGACCAAGCCGAAGCACCUCGAGGACCACCAGGUGCCCACGAUCCCUCUGACGUGGGACGUGGCCCAGUUGCUGUUCGAAUUCUACAGGCCCGAAGUCAUCCCCGAAUUCGACUCAGCCAGGCCCAUGUCCAUCACAGCUGACACCCAGCAUCUCUUCAAGAAGAUCAGCUCCCUCGUUCCCAAGGAGCACGACCCCAGUGAACUCGUCGAGGAGAUGACGAAUUACAUCGUUGGGGAGCACGACAGGAGGCCCUCGGUCAGCAAACCCCUGCCCUACCAGGUGGAGGCUCUCUACUAUCUCCUCGCUGAUCAUCUGUUCAAGAACAACAACUUCUCGUCGGCUGUCAAGUACUACACAAUGGACGUUGUCCUUCAUCCUGGUGCCUUCAACUCCUGGGCAGCCCUCGCAAUGUCAGUGGGGACUGUCAUGGGAACAUUCCUCAACAACUGCAAACCCAUAGCCGACAUAAAUAAACUGCUGGCCCAAGGGAAAAUGGCGCAGUGCAGCUUCGAGAGAGCUGUUGAGAUAAAGCCUGGUCACAGUGUCAUGUGGAUUGAGUACGGCAAUUUCGUGUACAUGGUGCACUCGUUCUGCUCGAGACUCCUCAAGCAGGAGUCGGACACCCUGAGCAUGGAGAAGUUCGCGGUAUUGGAGAGCAGGAAGGAGGACACGUUGGAGGCUGCUGAGAAUUGCUUUCAAUCGGCCAAUCGAAUUUACCUGGCGAAUGUCGAGGACGAGCCGCAGCUGCAGGACGAACGGUGGCUGUAUCACUACAUGCUGGGGAAGAUUGCGGAGAAGAGGAAUGAGGACCCGCCGGUGUUCCUAGAGCGCUACGAACGGGCCAGUGAACUUUUGUACAAGAACAAUGCGCAUUAUCCCAAGAGGAUAAGCCUGAAGAACGCCAACAACUCGGCGGUGGAAGCACUGGAGGUCCAUUACAGGAUCCACGCAAGUAUUCUCAAGUACCUGGAGCAGCACGAGGGUAAGCCCCUGAAGAAGUCCCUGGGGCAGCUGUUCCUGAAGCACCUCCUGGAGUGCGCGAGUGGUCCCUUCAUGCAGUACCCCUCGAAGCUCAACAGGAGUAAACGAAAGGAGGAUUUCAACGAGGAGAAGACCCUCCUGAGGGACGAGGGUCCAUCGCUAGAGGCCAUCCCCAGGAGCAGGACCCAGGAGAGGCGUCAGAAUAGUGUCGAGGAGAUCCCGAUGCCCGAGAGGACAGAGACAAAGGGGAGAUCUGAUAAUAAAAAACGAGCGAGGGAGCCAGGGGCGGAGGAGCCCUCCAAGAGGAUGAAGAUGGGGAAUAUUUCUCAUCUCGAGUUGAUGCAGGACGUGCUCAGUGUGAUCGACGAGUUGAUCAGUAAAGUCUGCGAGAUAAGCCUGCAGAGAGAGCAGAAGGAUGUCUCGAGUGACGAAGUCAUGGUGAUAUCCAGCGAUGAGAGCGAUAAGGAGAGGUCGGGGGAGAAGAAGCAGGACUUCGUGGGGAAAUCGAUGCCUGCGAAUGCUCAGGACAUGAUGGACGACCUCAUGAAGCAGAUGCUGAAGGAGCAGCCGGUGCAGAUUGACGAGGAGGAGAGCAGGAAGAGCGAGGGCAAGUGGAUGCAGCACGAGGAUCUCCACGGGGGCGAGGGCUCCUGCAAGGACAGGGAGUUCAAGGAGAAACCUGGGGAGAAGAAGAAGACGCAGGUGAACGCUGUCAAGGAGGAGGCCACUAUGAGUCGAAGGGGCUCACAGGAGAGCACCACCACUACUUUGACCACUACGACAAAUGAGACGAAUAACUCGAGUUUCAGCAGCAGCGAUGAGUCCAGUAGCAGCGAGGAUAGCUCUGACAGCGAUAGCUCGAGUGUUGACAGUGACAGCGACUCCGGGGACAGUGAGGGGGAGAAGAAGAAGACUGUGGAGGAGAAGGAGGAGUAUCUCACAGAGGCAGAAGUGUCAAAAAUCAUCAGCUACUGUCUGGCAGGCCUGGAGCAGUGUGUCUUGAGAUUCCCAGGGCAUUACAAGUCGAUAUACCGUCUCUGUCACUUCUACUUCAACAACAAAACAGUCAAGGACAACAACAAAUGUCGAGAUCUACUCAUGGGGAUAUUCAAGUGUCAGUACCACACAGGGAUGACCCUCCAGGGGCUCUUCGCCGACCGAAAAAGCACGAAUUUCUUCAAUGGUGUUUGGCGUAUCCCGACCGACGAGAUCGAUCGCCCGGGUAGUUUCCCCUCGCACAUGUCGAGAUGCGUUACCCUCCUGAUGCAGGUCCUGAAGGGAACCGACGACAGUCGAAUGCUGAUGGAGUUGUGCAUCCAGCUUCGAAAAAUCCCCGACGCAGACAAAAAAUACGUCCGAGAUUCGGAGCGCGAGCAGUUGUCGCGUCAAGCGUUGACGCUGUGCCUGCAGUCCCUGCGGACGAGGGUCCAGGUGCUGGUUCCUCUGAACGUCGGCGAGAACCCCCAGCUCUUCCGCACGGACUCUCAAACCCACGUGCUGCUGGACGUCUACAAGAUCUACCAGCAGGUCCAGAAGAACUUCCAGGGUAAGGAGAUCCAGGCGUUCGCAACCCUUCUAGUGGACACCUACAAGUCCUACGUUGGGAUAAAAACACCGGAGGGAAAUCUCCUGGAGGCGGCGCUGCGCUUCUGCCAGCAGCAGAACCUGGCGAGGAAGAACGCCCACCACCAGAGGUCAGAGGGCGCAGGAGUGGGGACGCCCUCAGUGGCUCCAUCAGCCUCGAGCCAGCCGAUAAACCCCCCGAGUCAGCCACCACCGGUGCCCACGUCGCCCCAGGCCCCCCAGCAACGGAAGCCCUACAAGUCCAGCGGCACUGGACGUCCCCGAGGACGACCGCCGAACGUCAACAAGUACCUCUCCAUGCAGGCCGGGAGCAUGAUGAACCCCUUCAACAGCAAGAACUUCCCAGGAUACAUGGGGACAGCUGGCAACCAAGCGAUGAUGACUCCCUUCCUCAUGAACCCCUUGAUCGACCAGAACAUAAUCUCAGCGAUGCUGGGGGGCGGUCUAGCGGCGAAUGUGAUGGACUCCCUGUCAAUGAUGAAUUACCUGAGGCAGAUGGGAAAUUACGGGGACAUGAUGAGGCAGUACCCGGGCAAUUUGGCGCCGAUGGGUGGGGGCCUCGCGGGCUUCGGCAACCUCUCGACCCCCCUGUCCAGCUCGAGUGGCACAUUGCCGACAAUGAGCACGAUAAACACCUCGAGCACGAUGCCCCAGAGUGGAAUCCCCGGGAUGGGCUCCAUGAGCAACAUGGGGAGUCUGACGGUUCAGCAGUUGCUGAAUUUGCAGAAUUCCACUGCUUCAACCACUGCUGCCAUGAUGUACAAUCAGUCCAAGCCGACGACGACAUCGUCCUCAUCGAAGGAUCACUCGCACUCGGUGUCGAUCACCCCAGUGGGGAGCAAUCCCAAGAAGAGCAAGCACGUGCCCCACGGGGAUAUCUCUCACAUGAAGAUGCCGCAGUCCCAGAAGCCAGUGCCCUCGACGACCCAGAUCUCUCUGCUGAAGCCCUCGGUGAUCCAGCCACCGAAGCAGAUGUCGGCCCCGCAGAUUCGCGUGUCCAAGAGCCUGACUGAGCCCCAGCCAGCGCACAAUGCCUCACUGUCGGUGAGCCCCAUGAAGAGUGCCAGCCCCUCUGGGAUUAAUCUGCCAGUGAGCCACUCGAGUCUUCAGAACUCUGGGCUGAAUAUAAAACCAGUGCCCAUGGGGAUGCAGAGGGGGACCUCGCUGCAGCAUAAAUUGUUGUCGAAGAAGCAGGGACAGCCUCUGCCCCAGAAGGCCCAGCAGAAUCCACUGAAGAAGCAGAGGGUGUCUAAAUCACAGGUGUCUGGGCUGGCCGGGCCCUAUGAGAGACUCUUGGGGAUGGCUGGCUCACCCUUUAUCCCUGAGCGCAGUGGGAUAUCUGUCAGCCCUGUGAGCCCGGCCAUGGCCUCGAAAAUCCCUCCCAAACCUGCCUUCAGGAAGUCCAGCAAGCCCAAGGGCGUGGACAUGACUGGAGCCAUUCAGAGUGGCAUUUCAUCUGCUAAUACUGCUGAGACUUACUCGAUGCUGUCGCAGCUGCAGCAGCACUCGCAUCUGGAGAUCAUUCCGCAGAACAAGGCGCACUUUGGGAAGAAUCUGCCAGUGUCGUUGAGUGUUGUACCGCAGAAGGGGGCGGAGGGGCCACGACCUGGGGGAACUGACUCUGUGGCGGUUUAUGAGCUGCCCAGGAAGAGCAAUCCGGCGAAGAAGGGGGAGAAGAGUGUGAAGGACAGUGUGGAAAUUAUCACACUCGAUGAUUGAGGCUUUAGGGAGGCCUCUGAUACUGCCACAUUAUGCUUUGUGAUACGUUUUAUUUAGGUAGAGUAAGUGUAUAUUUGCAUUCUUGUAUUUAUUCGUCGUUUUUCAUGCCAGAAAAUAAAUAGCGCGUUUAUACGACA